AUGUUAAAAUUCGGAUUAUGUUGUUUAAGUUUAAUUUUUUUACUAAACCAAUGAUUUUUAUUAGUUGUGACUACCCUUGUUUUAUGUUUUGUAUGAGUGAUUUCUAUAAUAAAUUUUAAUUUGGGGAUUGUAAAUAUAAUACAUUUAGAUUAUUUGACCUUUUUUUUAGGUGGGUUAUCUUUAUGAAUUACUAGUCUUAUGGUUAUAAUAAGAUUUUAUAUUAAGUUCUCUAAAAAUUUUUUUGAAAUGUUCGGGAGCUUAAUUGUAAUAAUGUUAUUUUUUUUAAUUAUCAGAUUUAGAACUUCAAAUCUUUUAAUGUUUUAUAUUACAUUUGAAAGAACUUUAAUUCCCAUUUUUUUAAUAAUUAUAGGCUGAGGGUACCAACCAGAACGAGUCAGAGCUUCUUACUAUCUUUUAUUUUAUACUUUGACAGCUUCAUUACCUUUAUUACUAGGGAUCUUAUGAAUUAAUUCUGAAUAUUUUUCUACUGAUUUUAAUUUUUUGAUAUUAAAUCAUUCUUCAAAUUUUUUAUUAUUUUGGAUACUUAUCAUCGCUUUUUUAGUUAAAUUGCCGGUGUAUAUUGGUCAUUUAUGACUUCCUAAGGCCCAUGUUGAAGCCCCUGUAGCAGGCUCAAUAAUUUUAGCAGGAAUUCUAUUAAAAUUAGGAGGAUAUGGCUUAAUUCGAAUUCUUCCUUUUAUUGAGUACAGAAUAAUAGAAUUUUCUUCUUUAUUAAUUUCUAUCAGAUUGGUUGGUGGUGUCAUAGCAUCAAUAAUUUGUUUACGUCAAACUGAUUGUAAGUCAUUAGUUGCAUAUUCUUCUGUAGCCCAUAUAGCAUUAGUAUUAGCGGGAAUUACAUUUAAUUCUUAUUUAGGGUUAUCAGGGGCAAUUGUUAUUAUAAUUGCUCAUGGUCUUUGUUCAUCUGGUUUGUUUAGUUUAGUUGGAAUAAUCUAUGAACGGAUUUCUACUCGUAAUAUUAUUUUAAUUCGAAGCCUUAUUGUGGUAGCUCCUUUAAUAACCUUGUGAUGAUUCUUAUUUGGGAUUAGAAAUAUGGCAGCCCCUCCCACAGCAAAUUUAGUAGGGGAAAUUUUUAUUUUUAUUUCUUCAUUAAGUUGAUUAAAAAUAACCGCUGUUCUUGUUGGUAUCUUAUCUUUUUUAGCAGGGGCUUAUAAUCUUUUUUUAUUUGUUUCUACUCAGCAUGGAACUAGAUUAGUAGGAAUAAAAUCUUUUCCUGAAACAAGAUUUCGAGAACACCUUGUUUUAUCUAAUCAUUUAAUACCCUUCCUAUUACUAUUUGUUGUUUUAACUUCAACUUAUACGU